UAAAAUCACAGAUCAUAUAGAGAAAAAGAAACGAACUGAUUUUAUAUAAAAACAUAUCUUAUGAUCCUAACCCUAAAGUUUUGGGAAGGCAUUCGGAAAGCACCAGUUUAAUUAGUUUUGAAAUAAGGAAAUAUAUAAUGUCGACUUUAAAAAGAGUCCAGCAAUGGGCGACAUUUGCAAGAAUUUGGCAUGUCUAUGAUGCUGCCUGGCAAAACCCUUUUGAUUCUGCUAAACUGCUUACAAAAUAUUUAAUGGGAUCAAAUAAACCAAUCUACCAUCCAAUGAAUGAUUGUGGUGAUCAUGUUGUUAUAAUAAACAGCAAAGACAUUGCCUUACCAGGAAAUGAAUGGAUUAAGAGGGUGUACUUCCAUCAUACAGGAUAUCCACGUGGUGCAAGUUGGACACUUGCCCAUGAUAUGCACAAAAAGGAUCCAAGAUUAAUUAUCAAAAAAGCCAUUUACAAUCAUAUGGAUGGUAACAUACAAAGGAGAUACACCAUGGAAAGACUACAUAUUUAUCCUGACUCAAAUGUACCUGCAGAUAUUAUGAAGAAUGUAUCUAAUCAGAUUAGACAAUUGAGGCCAGUACCUAAAAGAUUGGAUCAUUAUGAUUCUAAAGAAGUGGAAGAGUUUCCUAAAAUUAUGGAAUAUCCUAAAGAUUAUAUCCUUCGAUAAAGGUGGAAUUACUUAUUGUAAUUUGUAGUCAGUAAAUUUUACAGAGCUAGAAUAUAAUAACUGAAUAAAUAUCUAAAAUAAAA